AUGUCGUCCGAUGUGAUGUAUCAACCACAACACGCAAAAGGACAAUCGCAGUCGCCGUACGGUUAUCCGAUGAAUUGUAAUAUGAGUCGAGUGUUUCAAGAUAUGAGUGAGGAGGAUCGGAGAUGUUUGGAGGAGCGGAAGUAUUGGUGCUUUUUGUUGAGCAGGUAAGGAAAUUGGAGAUUGGGAACCCCAUUGGGGAGACCUAGAGACCUUUGGGAAGAUCCCGGGGCCUUUGCUAGACAUCGAUGUACGUUAAGGGCUCGCGCCUUGAGAAAAAAAAAUUGUCAAGGGCUCGCUCCUUGUCCUGUGUUCUGACAAGGCUUCGAGCGUUGUCUGGCGUACUGUCAAGGGUUCGUGCCUUAUCUGGUUUACUGUCAAGGGCUGGCUCCUUGUGAUGUGUACUCACAAGGCUUCGACCCUUGUCUGGUUUAUUGUCAAGGGUUAGCUCCUUGUGCUGUGUACUCAUAAGGCUUUGACCCUUGUCCUGUUUAUUGUGAAGGGCUCGCUUCUUGACAGCACAUUCUUCAGUCUAGCAAUGGUUACUAGAGAUAAUCUUGUAAGGGCUUCUAGAGCCUGCCACUUGACAUCUAGAAGUGCUCCCAAGCAGUCACUCCUUGACAUGUUUAAUUCAUCACAAGCAUCGACUCCUUGAAACCUUUGACUUAUCGCAAGAGCUUGCUACUUGACAGCAAGAAGUGCUCUCAAGCAGCGACUCCUUGACAAGUUUAGGUGAUCACAAGCAGUGAAUACUUUACAGGGAGAUGUGCUCCCAAGCAGCUGCCCCUUGACAUGUUUGAGUCAUCACAAGCAGCGAACCCUUGAAAAGCUUAGGUGCUCUCAAGCAGCCAUUGCUUUACACGAAGAUGUGCCCCCAAGCAGCGACUCCUUGACACCUUUAACUCAUCGUAAGAGCUUGCUACUUGACACCAAUAAGUUCUCUCAAGCAGCGAAGCCUUGACACCUUUGACUCAUCGCAAGAGCACGCUACUUGACACCAAUAAGAGCUGACAAGCAGCGAACCCUUCACAAGUUUAAGUGAUUACAAGCAGCCACUGCUUUACACGAAGAUGUGCUCUCAAGCAGCGAUUCCUUGACAAGUCUAAUUCAUCACAAGCAGCGACUCCUUGACAAGUCUAAUUCAUCACAAGCAGCGAAGCCUUGACACCAAAAAAUUCUCCCAAGCAGCGACUCCUUGACAAAUUUAGAUGAUCUCAAGCAGUAAAGCCUUGCAGACAAUUUUAUACUUUUUUCUCUUAACCCAGUCAUCUGAAGCCAUCCAAAAAAAAAAACUAAAAACAUUCAGUGCUACACCGAAAAUAUCAAGUAUCCCCCCUCCCCACAGAGAGGUGUCACAUAUCAUUUGCAGAGCCAACACAAAACUGAGCCAGCUGAGCCAAAGAGAGAAAAUUGGAUAGGGAUCCAGAGAAAAAUGUUUUUUUGUUUUCAUUUUUUUUGUGGCUACCUGGGGGCCAGGAAAAAUAGAAAAAAGGGAAAAAGCGAGAGGAAAUGGGUGAUUUUUAUGGGAUUCUGGCUAAAAAAAGGGAAAAAAUAUUGUUUUUUGAAAAUGUUUUGAGGGGAAAAUGAAAGGGGGCUGGAAAUUUCACUGAAAGCUGAAAAAUCGGUAAAAUUUCGAAAUUUGCACGAAAAAAUGAGAAAAAUACAUUGGGGACUAGUUUUCCAGCUCUGCUAAUCCUAGUCCCUCUGAUUUUCUUGUUGGAAAAUUCAGAAAACUCGCUGAAAAUAGAGAAAAUCAAAAUCCCGCUCAAAAACCAAGAAAAAUCCACUGUGUUUUUUUCUAAUAGAAAAAUGCAAUUCCGAGGAGACGCAGACAGAGAGAGAAAGAGGCUGGUCUCGACACGAUGUGUGUCUGCCACACACUAUUUCUCUCCCCUUUUCGGCGAGAGAUUUGUCUGCCCACGUUAAAAUCUGCGUCUCUCAGAACUGGCAAGAAAAAAUACAGUGAAUCGCAGAAAAUACAUUGGGGACUAGUUUUUCCAACCCUGCAAAUCCUAGUCCCUCCCAUUUUUCUGCUUUUUUUGCGUUUCAAAUCGAAAAAAGUGGAUUUUCUAGUGGAUCAAUUCAUUUGAAGAAAAAAUGAAUUUCGCGACAUUUUUUGUCGCGAAAUUGCAAUUCGCGAAACGACACGAAAUAAACACAAAAAUAAAGGAGAAAUAUUAAAGGGACACGUAAUCGCUGCGAGACCCAACACACGAAAAAAGAAUUUUCUCUUUAAUUUUAUUAAUUUCGUGUCGUUUCGCGAAUUGCAAUUUCGCGACAAAAAAUGUCGCGAAAUUCAUUUUUUCGUCAGAUGAAUUGAUCCAUAGGCUUCCCUCAUGAAAAAUACAUUGGGGACUAGUUUUUCCACCCUGCAAAUCCUAGUCCCUCUGAUUUUCUUGUUGGGAAAUUCAGAAAACUCGCUGAAUAUAGAGAAAAUCAAAAUCCCGCCCAAAAACCAAAAAAAUCGCAGAAAAAUACAUUGGGGACUAGUUUUCCAGCCCUGCAAAUCCUAGUCCCUCACCAUAUAUCAGCGAAAUUUUAAGGUUUCAGCUUUCAAACCAAAAAACCUGUGAAAAACAAGAUUUUCAUGCAAAAAAAGAGAAAAAUACAUUGGCGACUAGUUUUCCAACCCUGCAAAUCCUAGUCCCUCACCAUAUAUCAGCGAAACACGACUGUUCGGGGAAGAAGAAACUUCGGCCACGCUUGUGACGUCAUCAAUUUUUCAAAAUGAAACUGGCGGCGCGGCCCGAAAAUGUUCCAGGCCAUAUCUCGAAAAACUAAAAACGUAGCGAUAAUCUACGCAUCCGAAUCUCUUUGAAUAAGUAUUUUCCGAAGGUCCUGCUGCGACUUUACGAAAUCGUGUCGAGACCCGUUUUCUCAAAAAAUGGCAUGUUUCUUUGUGCGUUUGCGGAAAUUCAAAAAUAGUUUUUUUUCAAAUAUUUGUUUUCGGUAAUUAGCUCAUUUUCGAGAGGGAAUUCCGAGAAGAUAAGCAUAUAAAAUAACUUUAGAUGUGAAAAAACAUGAACUGACAUUGAGUGCGUGAGAAAAUGGUUAAAUUCAUGAUGUUUUCUGUUACCUGAAUCAUAUUUUACAAAGGUAAUUCAAAAACUGAAUGCUGUGUUGAUUAUCUGGGCUUGAAUUUUCAGCUUUUUCAUCAUAGAAUUUCACUUUUUGAAGUUUAAUUUGUUCAGAUAGCGAUAAUAACUUUGGUUAUAAAUUUUUGAGCUCAAUUUUAAGCUGUUUUCAAAAGAAAAAAUGCGUUGUUUUUCACACUUGCAUUAAAUUGAAAACGGAUUUCAAUUAACGAAUGUUUUGAAUGACCCUGGAACUUUAGAAAUGUUCUUUGGUGAGUUUGUGUCUAGAUAUUCGGUGAAAAACAUCAGGUUUUUAUUGAAAUCUGGAAUUUCUUCAAAUUUCGAUUCAGCAAUUAUUCCCAAUAAAGUUCAGCACUUAUUUUAAACGAGACUGAAUUGAUCUUAGGUAGAAUCUUAAGCAUUUUCUUAAUGAACCUUCAUUAUUUGCUCGCCAGUUCGCGAAUGGCAAUCAUUUUAAUUGUAAAACAUAAUAAUAAAUUAAUUUAUGAAAAAAAUAUGGCAGAAAAAAAAUGAAAUCCAUCGUUUGACAAAUGGAAGAUGGUGAGCAUGUUUGAAGGAUGAUGUGAAGUGAUUUAUCUGGAAAAUUUACAAUUAGUAUUUCUCUGGAAUAUUUCAUUUUUAGUGAUAAUCUUGCUGUCCAGAGCCUAAUAUUAAUUAGGUAAUUGAGUAAGCUUUUCUGUGAAAACUAAACAUAAUAUUUUCUUACAUCGUAUUCGGCCUUGAAAAAUUAAUCGUGAUAGAAAUUUGAGUUGGUUUCUGUAGCGAGUAACUUUUCGAUAGUGUGAUUUUUCUUCAGACUUAAUUGGUCUGGCGAUUAAACUCAGGCCUGAAUACAUUCGUUUUUCGAACAACUAGAGUGAGAAUUUUGGAAUUUAAAUUUUUAUUUUUGGUUUUUUCUGCUAACCUUUUUCCACGAAAUGUCAGCAUAUGUUUUGAAGAUUUUAGAAAGAAUUUUCAAUAUAAAAAUACUUACCGAAACACAGAGAUAUCAUGGCAUUCAGAAGUUGUUUAUAACAGCAACAAGCUAUUCGCCGAAUCUUUCUGUCGUUUUAUUCAAACUUGCUCGCUUCAUGAAACUCUCAAUCAUUCAAGUUCUGUUGAAUGAACCAUUCAUUAAUUUUGUUGGUGUCACAUAGCUCGUCUUGUUGAGUUUUGCCCAGUCAAGCCACAAAAAUAUUGUUGGCUGAUAUUGAAAUGUUGUCCAAUUAUAAUCAUGAAUUAUCUAAAAAAAACUAAUUUAGACAAUCCGCAGAAAACGUACAACAAUAAAGAAAUACGAUGUUUUUCUGUUGCUCUCUAUAUUCAAUAUGUACGAAAAUUUUAAACAUUUUACAUAGAGAAUAGACAAACAAUUGGUUCAGCGAAAAAUAUAAGUUCAAACACUAAUUUCAGUAAAACCGGAGUGAAUUCGCUCAAAUACACACCUAACCAUUACUCUCCGAGAAAAAAAUAAUCAAUGUAUGCUGUAAAAACUGAUUUCUCUUCAGAAAACACUUAGCAAAGUGAAACGGAAAAAAAAACGAAAAAAAAUAAAAAUAAAAAUAAUGUGUGCAAUUUCAUGUCAGUGUGUAUGCACAGUUUUGCGUACAGUAACCCGAAAUUUUUAUUUCCGCUGCCGAACAGGCGUGGAAAUUUCAAGGUUUCAGCUUUCAAACCAAAAAGAACAAGCUUUUCAUGCAAAAAAAGAAAAAAAAAACCUUGGGGACUAGUUUUCCAGCCCUGCAAGGCCUAGUCCAUCACUAUUUUACCUGAAAAUUUUCAUUUUCAACCUGGAAAACCUGUGAAAAAUUGAAUUUUCCAAGCUUCCCUCACAAAAAUACACUGGGGACUAGUUUCCCCAACCCUACAAAUCCUAGUCCCUCCCAUUCUCAUUCCAAUUUUCCAGCAUCACCACCUUCUGCGCCUCAAUGAUCCUCGUCGUCAUCUGGCGUGUCAUCUCACAUCUAUGCUGUCAACGUCGCGAUCGCGAAUUCUCGGCCGAACCCGCCGCAGACACCGUGCAAAUUCAGAUGAACGGCGGCAAGCACGGACUUCCGACAAGUGCAGUUUUGCCCGGCGGAGAGGUCGAUCCGUUUUUGAAGCAACAGGAGGAGAAACAUUUGGGUUGGAUGACUGAGGUGAGUUUUUUGUGUUUUUCGAAAAUUUUUUGCAUAAAUUUCAAAAUGUAAAAAAUAAAAAUCUCUAAAGGAUCUCAAUUUUUGUCAACGAAUUUCUAGACGGCGGGCAAGUUUGGCUUUUCGAUUUUUCAUUUUUUCCGUAGAUUUCUCCCGCUAGGCUUGGUCUAGGCUUUGGCUUGGCCUAAACCGCUCCAAAUAAAUCUAAAAAUCCCGCAUUUUCAGGCCAAAGAUUGGGCUGGCGAGUUGAUUUCGGGACAAAGUUUGACGGGACGAUUCCUCGUUCUACUCGUCUUCAUUUUAUCGAUUGGAAGUUUGAUAAUUUAUUUCUACGAUGCGAGUUUCCAAAAUUUCCAAGUUGAAACUUGUGUUCCGUGGCAGGAUAAUCAAUCGCAGCAAAUCGAUUUGGGAUUUAAUAUCUUCUUUUUGGUCUACUUUUUUAUUCGGGUACGGAUUUUGGGCGGGAAUUUGAAAAGAAACCGGGGGACUAGGUUUUGACAUAUGGAAAUUCUAGUCCCUCUCCAUUUUCUGAUGAAUUUUUGAUUUUAAAACCUGAAAAACCAGAGAAAAAUGGAUUUUCUGAGAAAAAAACAUUGAGGACUAGUUUUCCACCCUGCAAAACCUAGUCCCUCGCCAUAUAUCAGCGAAAUUUCAAGGUUUCAGCUUUCAAACCAAAAAACCUGUGAAAAACAAGCUUUUCAUGCAAAAAAAGAGAAAAAUACAUUGGGGACUAGUUUUCCCAUCGUGCAAAACCUAGUCCCUCUGAUUUUCUAGUCGAAAAAUCGAGAAAACUGAUAGAAACAUCUGAAUUUCGAAACCACACCCACAAACCAGGAAAAAAAUCGCGAAAAACAAGGGGGACUAGGUUUCACCACCUGGCAAAACCUAGUCCCCCAGUUUUUAUUGAUUUUUUUUGCGUUUCAAACUGAAAAAAAAGUGGUUUUUCAAGCUUCCCUCACAAAAAAACGAGAAAAGUACACUAGGGACUAGGUUUCGCACCCUGCAAAACCUAGUCCCUCUCUAUUUUCUUCUGAAGAUUUGAUUUUAAGACCUGAAAAUCCAGAGAAACGUGGAUUUUCUGAAAAAAAAAACAUUGAGGACUAGUUUUCGCACCCUGCAAAACCUAGUCCCUCCGAUUUUCUAGUCGAAAAAUCCAGAGACAUGUGAAUUUCGAAAUCACACCCAAAAACUAGGAAAAAAUCGCGAAAAAACGAGGGGGACUAGUUUUCGCACAUUGCAAAUUCUAGUCCCUCUAUUUUUAUCGAUUUUUUUCGUGUUUCAAACCGAAAAAAGGGGAUUUUCCAAGCUUCCCUCACAAAAAAAAAGAAAAAACACAUUAGGGACUAGUUUUCGCACCCUGCAAAACCUAGUCCCUCUGAUUUUCUAGUCGAAAAAUCCAGAAACUGGUGGAAACAUGUGAAUUUCGAAAGCACGCCCAAAAACCAGGAAAAAAAUCGCGAAAAAACAAGGGGGACUAGUUUUUCCACAAUGGAAAUUCUAGUCCCCCAGUUUUUUAUCGAUUUUUUUCAUAUUUCAAACCGAAAAAAGGGGAUUUUAUGGGCUUCCCUCACAAAAAAAAAAGAAAAAACACGGGGGACUAGGUUUUUCUACCUUGCGAAUCCUAGUCCCUCACCUUUUUUCUGAAAUUUAUCAGUUUUCAGUUUUCGAACCUGAAAAGCAGAGAAAAAGUGGAUUUUCCAAGAAAAUGCAUUGGGGACUAGGUUUCGCCACAUUGCAAAACCUAGUCCCCCAGUUUUUAUCGAUUUUUUUUGCCUUUCAAACAUUUUCUUUCAGUUCAUCGCCGCCUCGGAUAAAGUCUGGUUCCUGCUCGAAAUGUACAGUUGGAUCGAUUUCUUCACAAUUCCCCCAAGUUUCGUCGCAAUUUAUUUGGAGCGAAAUUGGCUGGGAUUUCGGUUCCUUCGAGCUCUUCGUCUCAUGACAGUUCCCGACAUUCUGCAAUACCUAAACAUCCUCAAAACCUCGAGUUCAAUUCGUCUAACUCAACUCGUCACAAUUUUCGUGGCCGUCUGUUUGACUGGCGCCGGUUUGGUGCAUUUACUCGAGAAUUCUGGCGAUUUUUUCAAGGGUUUUGUGAAUCCACAUCGAAUUACCUAUGCCGAUUCGGUUUAUUUUGUAUUGGUCACAAUGUCCACAGUUGGUUAUGGUGAUAUUUAUUGUACAACACUUUGUGGACGACUUUUUAUGAUUUUUUUCAUUCUUUUUGGUUUGGUGAGUGUUUUUUGGGGGUGGAAAAUUGAUCCGGGGACUAGAAUUCCUAAUCAAAAGCUAGUCCCUCCAAUUUAUGUUUGAAAAGGGGACUAGCUUUCCAAUAUUGCAAAUUCUAGUCCCCGAAAAAUUUUUUUGCUAAAUUUUGAGCUUAACAGAAAUUUUUGAUUGACAAGGAACUUUUUGAGCUCAUUUUUUCGGCAUCAAAAUUUUUUGUUGGAUUUUUUUAAGGGGUCGAAUUUUGGCGCGAAAAUUUGAAUUUGAAAAAUUGGCGGCAAAAUUCAGGAUUCAAAAAAAAAAGUUUUUGGCGCCAAAAAAUCUUGUUCGAAAAGUUCUUGAAUCCUCAGAGUUCUUCUCAUAUCCUAAAAACCCUUAUUCAAAAAUUUGGCGCCAAAAAACACCGGGGACUAGGUUUCCAAUGAUGAAAAACCUAGUCCCCGUGAGUUUUUUCUCUCCAAAAUUAUCAUUUUUCAUCGGAAUUUUAUGAAAUUUUUCAAAUUUUUUAAUUUUCCAGGCCAUGUUUGCCAGCUACGUGCCAGAAAUUGCGGAUCUCAUCGGAAAUCGUCAAAAAUACGGUGGAGAAUACAAGGGAGAACACGGCAAGAAGCAUAUUGUUGUCUGUGGACAUAUCACCUAUGAUUCGGUUUCGCAUUUUUUGCAAGAUUUUUUGCACGAAGAUCGAGAUGAUGUUGAUGUGGAAGUUGUGUUUUUGCAUAGGUGAGAGAGGGUUUUGGAGAAGGGGACUAGAUUUUUCAUUGUUGGAAACCUAGUCCCUCACAAUUUUUGAACGGAAAUUAUUCAAAAAUUGAAAUUUUCAUAGAAAAUUUGAAAAUCAAGCCGGGGACUAGGUUUUUCAUAAUUGGAAACCUAGUCCCUCGCAAUUUUUGAAUGGAAAAUAUUCAAAAAUUGUAAAUUAACCCGGGGACUAGGUUUUUCAUUAUCGAAAACCUAGUCCCUCACAAUUUUUGAACGGAAACUAUUCAAAAAAUGGAAAAACUCAAUGAAAAUUUGCACGGACUAGGUUUUUCAUUAUUGGAAACCUAGUCCCUCUAAUAAAAGCCAGGGACUAGGUUUUCCAUAGACGGAAUUCUAGUCCCUCGCAAAUUUUGCCCCAAUAAUCUUCAAAAAAUGAAAAUUGCCCCAGGGACUAGGUUUUGCAAUUUUGAAAACUAGUCCCCAAAAUCUAGUCGAAAUUUGGCGGGGACUAGGUUUCUCAUGAACAGAAUUCUAGUCCCAAUUUUGCACCAAAAAUCUUCAAAAAUUGAAAAUUAACCCAGGGACUAGUUAUUAAAUUAUUGAAAACCUAGUCCCUCACCAAUUUUUCUCCAAAAAUCUUUUCAAUCUGAAAAAUUCAAUGAAAAUUGGCUGAGGGACUAGGUUUUGUAAUUUUGAAAACCUAGUCCCUUUGAUAUUUUGAAUCAUUUCUCGCAGAAAAAAGUCAGGGACUAGGUUUUUCUUUUUCCAACCUCGUCCCCGCUUUCAAACAAUUUUUUUUCCAGAGUUGUUCCCGAUCUCGAACUCGAAGGUCUCUUCAAACGACACUUCACAAAAGUCGAAUUCUUCACCGGAACAGUCAUGGAUUCUCUCGAUCUUUCUCGCGUCAAAAUCGGCGACGCAGACGCGUGUCUUGUUUUGGCCAACAAAUACAGUACAAAUCCAGAUGCGGAAGAUGCGGCAAAUAUUAUGCGAGUGAUUUCAAUCAAAAAUUAUUCGUCAGAUAUUCGAGUAAUUGUUCAACUUAUGCAAUAUCAUAACAAGGCAUAUCUAUUGAAUAUUCCAUCUUGGGAUUGGAGAAGAGGAGAUGAUGUGAUUUGUUUAGCUGAACUCAAAUUGGGAUUUAUUGCUCAGAGUUGUCUGGCUCCUGGUUUCUCGACAAUGAUGGCUAAUUUGUUUGCCAUGCGAUCUUUCAAAACUGUAAAUUUUUGCGAAGAUCGAGAUUUUUUGAUGUUGUGUUAGUGUUGUGGUUUGGUUUUUUUUUGGUGGUUUGGAUGAUUGGGUGGAGCAAAUUCGCUCUAGUGAACUAUGGGAAAAUAUUGAUUUUUUUUAUUCGAAAAAAUAUCCUGCAUGAAAUACGUUUCAAAAUUUUUAUGAAUUUUCCGGGAAAAUUUUUUUUUUGAUUGUGUGAAAACUAAAAAUAUUAGCCACUUGUAAGCCUAAGACUAAUAAGCCUAAGACUAAUAAGCCUAAGCCUAAUAAGCCUAAGCCUAAUAAGCCUAAGCCUAAUAAGCCUAAGCCUAAUAAGCCUAAGCCUAAUAAGCCUAAGCCUAAUAAGCCUAAGCCUAAUAAGCCCAAGCCUAAUAACCCUAAGCCUAAUAACCCUAAGCCUAAUAAGCCUAAGCCUAAUAAGCCUAAGCCUAAUAAGCAUAAGCCUAAUAAGCCUAAGCCUAAUAAGCCUAAGCCUAAUAAGCCUAAGCCUAAUAAGCCUAAGCCUAAUAGGCCCAAGCCUAAUAACCCUAAGCCUAAUAACCCUAAGCCUAAUAAGCCUAAGCCUAAUAAGCCUAAGCCUAAUAAGCCUAAGCCUAAUAAGCAUAAGCCUAAUAACCCUAAGCCUAAUAAGCCUAAGCCUAAUAAGCCUAAGCCUAAUAAGCCUAAGCCUAAUAAGCCUAAGCCUAAUAAGCCUAAGCCUAAUAAGCCUAAGCCUAAUAAGCCUAAGCCUAAUAGGCCCAAGCCUAAUAACCCUAAGCCUAAUAACCCUAAGCCUAAUAAGCCUAAGCCUAAUAAGCCUAAGCCUAAUAAGCCUAAGCCUAAUAAGCAUAAGCCUAAUAAGCCUAAGCCUAUUAAGCCUAAGCCUGAUAAGCCUAAGCCUAAGCCUAAUAAGCCUAACCCUAAUAAGCCCAAGCCUGAUAAGCCUAAGCCUAAUAAGCCUAAGCCUAAUAAGCCUAAGCCUAAUAAGCUUAAGCCUAAAUAGCCUCUAACCCUCUGGACUCUCACCCAAUCAUCCAAUUUUCCUCUUGUUCUCUAACCCCGCAUUGAUUGUUUUUUCUUACUAAACCCAAUUUCAGUCGCCUCACACACCAGCCUGGCUGAAUGAUUAUCUACGUGGCGCCGGUAUGGAAAUGUACACUGAGAGGCUGAGCCCCGCAUUUGCCAAUAUGUCAUUUCCCGAAGCGGCAAAGUGAGUUGGCCUAACUUGAUUUGGGGUGGUAUACUAAAAAUUUGUCCAUGAAAAUUUGUCUAAAAAUAUCUGAAAAUCUCCUAAAUUUUAGUCACAAACCACACCCGAUUGGCUGAAUUUGUAUUUGUGUGGGGCCGGAAUGGAGAUGUACACCGAUACAUUAUCGCAUUCUUUUGUCGGAAUGUCGUUUCCGGAAGCGGUCGAGUAAGCGCAGAGUGUGUUUGCAAAGACUAACCGCUUUUUGACCCUACUAAUUUAAAUUUAUUAUGGAAUUAAAAAUUUAAUUGAAGAAAUAAUCAGGGUUUUUUUAUAAGAAAAAAUAUUAUUGAAAUUCUGAAACAGUGGAUUUUUUCACUGUUUCAAUUUUUCUUCGUCUAGAAGAUUAGAAAAGAAUUAAAUAGAAAAUAAAUUUUAAAAAAAUUUUAUUGAAAUUUUGAAACAGUGGAUUUUUAAAAGACGAAAAUGGGAAAUUCCAAAAAAAAAAAAUUUUUCACUGUUUCAAUUUUUCUUUGAAAAAUUUUAAAGCAUCCUUUAUGAUGUUUUUAUUGAACGAUACAUUUUCAAAUAAAUAUUUGGGAAAUUUUGAAACAGUGGAUUUUUUUAUAAGACCAAAAUUACUUUAUAUCAGAAAUGGACCUGAAAUUCUAGGAUUUUUGAUCAGAAAAGGUUGAAGAAAUUCUGAAACAGUGGAUUUUUUGAGAAAAAAGUUCAAUUCUGAAAAUAAAUUUUUUUCUCUGUUUCAAUCUUCCCCUUAUAUUUUCAAAUUAAAAAGAAAGUUAAUAAAGAAAGUUUCAAAAAAAAAAUAUUAUGGAAAUUUUGAAACAGUCGAUUUUUAAAAGACAAAAAAACGUAAUUUUCCUUACAAUACAUUUUUAAAUUAAUUUAUGAUAUCUGAAGAAUAUUUUGAUAGGAAGAAAAAUUAUGGGAAAUUUGAAACAGUGUAUUUUUUUGGAUCUAACGUAAAUUUACCUACUCCAAUUAAGAAUUUUUAUCAAAAAAAAUUGUGGAAUUUCAUUUUCAAAAAUUAUCCGAAAAUUCACUGUUUCAAAAUUUUUGUAAAAUGUUUAUUAUUUUUAUGAAUUUGGUAUAUCGCGCACUGGAAGAUUCAGAAAAAAUCUAGAAAUUCAGAAAAAAUCUAGAAAUUUUCAGAAAUUAUCCAAUUAUCCAAAAUUGAAAAAGAAACCUGAAAAAAUUGAAUAAAAUUCACUGUUUCAAAAUUUUUAUAACAUUGUUAUCUAUUUUCGGAUUAUUUUGAUAAUCCAAAUGCUUUCGGAAUACUGAAUAAGUGAAAUUUUCAACUGCAGAAUCAAAAUAUUUUGAAAAUUUCUCUGUUUUCGAAAUUCAAACAUUUUCACAGAAAUAAAAAAUGCAGUUUUUGAAAAAUAAUUUUUCAUUGUUUCAAAAUUUCGGUAUAUUUUACUCAAUUUUCCCAUGAUUCAAUGUGCAGUAUCUCUCCCAUAGAUAUUUCCACAAGAACAAAUAUUUAUUUAAAAAAAAACCUUGAAAAAUUUUUCCCCGGAAAAUUUCAAGCAAAAAAUAAUAGCUGAAUUUGAAAAUACUUUUCGACAUUUCCAUCAGAAAAUUUCAGCCGAAAUAAAUUUUCGAAAAUUCACUGUUUCAAAAUUUUUGUAUAUUUUUUCUGGAUUUUUUUUGAGUUUGAUAACACGAAUCACCUCUCUCUAACUAACCAUUAACUUUUUCAGUUGAAAUUGAUUUUUUCUAAAAUCAAAUUUUUGACUAAAAUGAUAUUCUUUCAGAGAGAAAAUAGAAUGAGAAAAUUUUAUUGAUAAUAAAAAUCAGCUGAAAAUUCACUGUUUCAAAAUUUUUCUAAUUCAAUCAUUUUUUUAUUUUUUAUAAUUGAUUAAUCGAUCAAAAACCGAAAAAAAACGUUGAAAACUUUCAAAAAAAAUUUAAUUUGAAAAUUCCAAUUGAUAAAUUUUUCACUGUUUCAAAAUUUUUUUAUAUUUUGGCGGAUUUUUAUGAGUUUGAUUAGUAAUUUGAAUAAUGAACAAUAAUAAAAAUUAUAGAAAAUCUCCGUAUCUGAAAAUUCUAGCUCAAACUGAAAUUUUUAUCUGAAAAUUUCAGCCGAAAUAAAUUUCAGAAAAUUUAGUGUUUCAAAUUUUUUGUUUAAUUUUUCUGAAUUGUUUGAGAUUGAUAAAGCGAAUUAACGAAGAUUUCCAAAUUCAAAAUAAAACUUCUGAAUCUGAAAAUUCCAAUUUCAAUUGAUAUUUCCGACAAAAAAAUUCCCAAAAAUUUACUGUUUCAAAAUUUCUGUAUACUUUUUCUGAGUUUUUAAGUUUGAUGAAUUUCUCACUAAUGUUCAAAAUUAAAGAAACUCGAAAAUCCCGGAAAUUUCAGCCAAAAAAUAUACUUUUAAAAAAUUACUGUUUCAAAAUGUUUGUUUAAUUUUUGUGAUUUUUUUUGAGUUUGAUAUGUCGAAUGAUAAGAAUCCAAAAUCAACAAAUAAUAUUUGAAGGAAAAGCUAUAGCUGUUGUGUUAUUUGAUUUGUGUUAAAUUAUAAUUUAACACAAAUCACCCCUCUCUAACUAACCCUGAACUUUUUAAGCUAAAAUUAAUUUUUUUCUAAAUUCAAGUUUUUGACUGAAAUUAUAUUUUUCAGAGAGAAAAUAGAAUGAGAAAAUUUUAUUGAUAAUAAAAAUCACCCGAAAACUCACUUUCAAAAAAAUCCCAGAAAAUUUAAUUGGAAAAUUCUAAUUGAGAAAUUUUUUACUGCUCAAACUCCUCUUUUUUGCGAAAAAUCCAAAUUUUCAACAAUAAUUUUUCACUGUUUCAAAUUUUUUGUAUAUUUUGGCGGAUUUUUCCUGAGCUUGAUACUACUUGGUUAUAUUCCAAAAUUAAAGAAACUCUGAAAACUCCGAAAAUUUCAGCCGAAAAAAUUAAGAAAAAAAAGUUCCCAAAAAUUUACUGUUUCAAAUUUUUUGUUUAAUUUUUCUGAAUCGUUUGAGAUUGAUAAAGCGAAUUAACGAAGAUUUCCAAAUUCAAAAUAAAACUUCUGAAUCUGAAAAUUCUAAUUUCAAAAAAUCAGCUGAAAAUUCACUGUUUCAAAAUUUAGCAUAAUCGAUCAGCGAUCUUCUUCAAACCAAAAACCGAAAAAAAACGUUGAAAACUUUCAAAAAAAAAUCCCAGAAAAUUUAAUUCGAAAAUUUACUGUUUCAAUUUUUUUGUAUAUUUUGGCGGAUUUUUUGAGUUCGAUAAUAGGUUAUUGAAAAUUACUGUUUCAAAAUAUUUGUAUGUUUUUCUGGAAUUUAUAUGAGUUUGAUUGAUUCAAACAAAAUUUAUUUGAAAAUUAAAAAAAAACAAAUUUAACACAAAUCACCCCUCUAACUCCUCAACCAUCAAAUUUCCACCCGAAAUUAAUUUUUUCCCUAAUUUUCCAGCCUUCUCUUCAACCGUUUGGGCCUUCUUCUAGUCGCCAUCGAACUCAAAGAUGAAGAAAGCAAAGAGUGCAACAUAGCUAUAAAUCCAGGUCCAAAUAUCCUCAUCCAACCCCAAACUCAGGGAUUUUUCAUUGCUCAAAGUGCGGAUGAAGUUAAGAGGUGAGAUUUUGCUCCAAAUCUCUGAAAUCCUGAAUUAAAUUUUCAAAUUUAGGGCGUUUUUCUGGUGCAAACAAUGUCAUGAUGAUAUCAAAGAUGUUUCGCUCAUAAAAAAAUGCAAAUGUAAAAAUUGUGAGUUGAAAAAACUUUAUUUUCAGAAUUCUAAAAAUUUCCAGCCAAAAAAAAAUAAUUUCAAAUUUUUUUCAGUGGCUCUUUUCCGACGAAACACCAAACAUUCAACAAGAGGUAUGUUCAAUGGGGUUUUAGAGUUGAAAAUUUAAUUUCAGGUCUGAAAUUGAAGGGAAAGGUUGCGAACUUAAAAUAAGCCACGCCCAUUUUUUUCUGGAAUUUUUUGAGCUUCAUUUUGACUCCAAAUAAGCUCCGCCCACUUUAGUGUGCCGCACAGUUUUUCCAGGAAUUUUUUGGGCUUCAUUUUGACUCCAAAUAAGCUCCGCCCACUUUUGUGUGCCGCACAAUUUUUUCUGGAAUUUUUUGGGCUUCAUUUUGACUCCAAAUAAGCUCCGCCCAUUUUUGUGUGCCGCACAGUUUUUCCAGGAAUUUUUUGAGCUUCAUUUUGACUCUAAAUAAGCUCCGCCCACUUUUCUGUGCCGCACAGUUUUUCCAGGAAUUUUUUGGGCUUCAUUUUGACUCCAAAUAAGCUCCGCCCAUUUUUCUGUGCCGCACAGUUUUUCCAGGAAUUUUUUGGGCUGCAUUUUGACUCUAAAUAAGCUCCGCCCAUUUUAGUGUGCCGCACAGUUUUUCCAGGAAUUUUUUGGGCUGCAUUUUGACUCUAAAUAAGCUCCGCCCAUUUUAGUGUGCCGCACAGUUUUUCCAGGAUUUUUUGGGCUUCAUUUUGAGUCCAAAUAAGCUCCGCCCAUUUUAGUGUGCCGCACAGUUUUUCCAGGAAUUUUUUGGGCUGCAUUUUGACUCCAAAUAAGCUCCGCCCAUUUUUGUGUGCCGCACAGUUUUUUCCAGGAAUUUUUUGGGCUUCAUUUUGUGUCCAAAUAAGCUCCGCCCAUUUUAGUGUGCCGCACAGUUUUUCCAGGAAUUUUUUGGGCUUCAUUUUGACUCCAAAUAAGCUCCGCCCAUUUUUCUGUGCCGCACAGUUUUUCCAGGAAUUUUUUGGGCUGCAUUUUGACUCUAAAUAAGCUCCGCCCAUUUUAGUGUGCCGCACAGUUUUUCCAGGAAUUUUUUGGGCUGCAUUUUGACUCUAAAUAAGCUCCGCCCAUUUUAGUGUGCCGCACAGUUUUUCCAGGAUUUUUUUGGGCUUCAUUUUGAGUCCAAAUAAGCUCCGCCCAUUUUAGUGUGCCGCACAGUUUUUCCAGGAUUUUUUUGGGCUUCAUUUUGAGUCCAAAUAAGCUCCGCCCAUUUUAGUGUGCCGCACAGUUUUUCCAGGAAUUUUUUGGGCUGCAUUUUGACUCCAAAUAAGCUCCGCCCAUUUUUGUGUGCCGCACAGUUUUUCCAGGAAUUUUUUGAGCUUCAUUUUGAGUCCAAAUAAGCUCCGCCCACUUUUCUGUGCCGCACUAUUUUUUGGCGCCAAAAUUUGAAUUUUUAAAUUCUCCGCAACCUUUCCUCAGAUUUUCUGACCUGAAAUUUGAAAUUUGAAAUUUGAAAUCCAGUUUCAGAUUUCCCAAUGUGUUUUUUUAUUCUCAUUUGAAUUUGAAUAUUUCAAAAAAAAAAUCUCACAUGAUUUUUCCCAUUUUUUAUUUUUUUUCUAGACUACUCGGAUUUUGACGCACUGUUCUAUCAGAAUGACGGUAAACACUUGUUUUUUUUCAUUUUUUGCGUAUUUUUCUGAUCAGUUUUCAUUUUUUCCAUUCAAUUUUCCGUAUUUUUCAUGUUGUAACGCUUUUUUUCAUCCUUUUUUUUGAAGCAUGCCAUUUUUUUUCGAAAUCACCUUUUUUAUUUUUGAUUUUUCUACUAUUCCCACUUCAAAUCUAUCCGAGGCUUUUUGGAUCUACAGUAAUCUUUGGGUACUGUAGAUUUUGAUCUACAGAAUUUCGGUAGAUCAAAUAUGAUCUAGAUUUAAUUUUCGCGCCAAAACCUUCUCUAGAGUACUGUAGAUUUUUGAGCGUACAAAAUUUUGAUCUUCAAAAAAAAUUGGUUUUUUUUGGAUCUUCAGUAAUCUCGGAGUACUGUAAGAUUUUGAUCUAUGGAAUUUUGGCAUUUUUUGAAUCACAGGAAAUUUUGGAAUACUGUAGGUUUAAAAUUACUGUAGCGAAAACCGUAUCAAGAUUACUGUAGCUCAAAAAUGAUUUCUAGAGUUUUGUAUUAAAAGCUUGUCUGGAGUACUGUGGAUUUUUUUUUGCUAAAAAAUUUGAUCUACAGUAAGCAAUGAGUACUGUAGUUUUUCUAGAGAAUUUCGAUGAUUUUCAAGAAUAUAGAAAUUAAGCUACCGUAAUCUGGAAUUUUUUUUUGAAACUACUGUAGCUCUAGAUUUUUAUGCCGAAACAUUCUCUCUAGAAUACUGUAAAUUUUUGGCACCGAAUUUUGAUCUACAGUACUCCAGAAAAACUUUCUACAGUACUUUUUGACGACGGAAUUUUGGUCUACAGUAUGCCAGGCUCCAGAUAAGCCACGCCCAUUUUUAAUCUACAGUAUGCCUAGGCGCUAUAGUUGGACAACGACUCGACUUGAGUCGACUCGAGUCGACUUGGAGUCGAGUCGUUUGGAAAAUACCUUUCGACUCGACUAACGACUCGAGUCGUUUAGUCGAAAAGGUGAGUCGAUUAGAAAAUGACUCGAGUCGAGUCGAAUGGUUUUUUUCGACUCGACUCGACUCCGAUGGUCAAUUUUCUCAUGGUGGGUGGGGCUUCUGUAAUAUGGUUAAGGUGUUGGCUUAGAUGGUGAAUAUUGGAUGGUGAUUGGUGGACAUGGUGAUAGUGCACCAAUUGCACCAAUAAUGGUAAAUUGGUGUGAUUGGUGCAGUUGGCGCAAUUUUAAUCAUUGGUGGAAUUUGUUGAAUUGGUGGAUGGUGGAAUUGGCGAAUGGUGCAAUUCGCCAAUUGGUGUGAUUGGUGAAAUUCACCAAUUGGUGUAGUUGGUGCAAUUUCACCAAUUGGUGUAGUUGGUGCAAUUUCACCAAUUGGUGUAGUUGGUGCAAUUGGUGCACCUAUGACCAAAUAUACCAAUCACACCAAUUGGCGAAUUGCACCAUUCGCCAAUUCCACCAUCCACCAAUUCAACAAAUUCCACCAAUGGUUAAAAUUGCGCCAACUGCACCAAUCACACCAAUUUACCAUUAUUGGUGCAAUUUGUGUGAUUGGUGCACUAUCACCAUGUCCACCAAUCACCAUCCAAUAUUCACCAUCUAAGCCAACACCUUAG